AGGCGUGGACGAUGAAAACCAAACUUUAGUAAUCAGGCCAACCAUUUCUUACCUCCCUAACUUUCCAUCAAAUACCCAAUCCCUUUCCCUGUCUUCUACUCUUAACGUAAUUCUUCAUCUCCUCCUUCAAGCAAUAUUUCUGAUCCGCUCAAACUGAAAGCCCCCUCCCAUCCUUUCUCCAGGGAGAAGGAAAAGCAAUGGAAGGAAACAACUCCUCUUACGGUACAUCAUGGGCCGAUCAGUGGGACUACAGCGGCCCAACCCCUGUCAGCACCACUCAGAACAAAAACACGAAGAGCAGCACCGCAAAGUACAAGCAGAAGGUAGGAGAAGGGCUUGGGAAGACCAAAGCGGUGGCUUCGACUGGGGUGAAGAAGGUCAAAGAAGGAAUCUCUUUGGGAAUUCAUUGGAUCAAAGAAAAGUACCACAAGACCACCCAGAAACACUAGGAAUAGGAUUCACUCCUGCACCCCACAUACCAUGUUACGCUUGACUUGGACUUUAAGCUUAGGUUAUUCUCUUUUGGUUUCUAUACUAUCUUUUGUUAUUGUCUUCAUAUUUUACUCAUGAUAUGAAUCACUUGUUUAUUGCUUUGUUUUUAAUGUAAAUAAAUGAAUAUAAAGGCCGCAUGGGCUGUUGUAAUAUUUGAGAUCUGAAACUUUGAUGUCCAUAUCUUCUUCUUCGUGCUAGUUGAUGAGUUGACCUUGAUGUUGGCGUGACAAAACAAUUAUAGAUAGUACUUGGUUUUUUCUAGAAUGAAUGAAACAGGCAAGAAGAAGUAGCCAACCCAACCCAAACCAAUCCAAUCCAAUCCAAUUAAGGUUUGGUAGGCAUAUAGCGGGCGUUUGACAGCUUCUUCUUCUCGUCUAUCCCCCCGGUAGGCAUAGCGGGCGUCACUCUUUGAAAUUUGUCGGAUGCUCUUUUUGUUUCUCGCUUAGGCCGGCCAUGAAAUUUGUCGGAUGCUCUUUGAAGAAUCUCCUCAACCUCAUCCUCUUCGAUGAUUCCAUUUCAUUUCUUUUAUAAACAUAAACGCCUGUUUAGGAGGGUAGGAUUCCUUUUGCCUCUUUUCUUCCUCCACUUCUCGACUUUCAACUCCAUCGCCCCGCCACCGCCAUGGACACUCCACUUCCCGCCAUUUUUCUCCUCUUCCUUUUCUCGCUCCUAUCCUCCACUCACUCCUCCACCAUCGGCGUCCAGUACGUUUCCAAACUCCUCGAAAUUCAAGACCACGAGAGAGCUCCUCCUUCCCUCCAGGUUGCCGCAGCUCGCGCCGUUCUCCAUCGCCUGCUUCCUUCUCACUCUUCCGCCUUUGAAUUUCAAAUAAUUUCUUCUAAGGAGGAAUGUGGUGGAGGAUCUUGCUUCAUUAUCAAAAACCAUCCUGCUUCACAUAAUCACGGCGCUCCAGAGAUUCUAAUAAGUGGUGUCACUGGGGUUGAAGUUUUGGCUGGUCUACACUGGUACUUGAAGUACUUGUGUGGUUCACAUAUAUCUUGGGAAAAAACAGGCGGCGCACAACUAUCUUCAAUACCUAAGUUAGGCUCUCUUCCUCGUGUUCAAGAUACUGGCAUAUUGGUUCAAAGACCUAUUCCGUGGAAUUACUACCAGAAUGCUGUUACAUCGAGCUAUUCUUUUGCUUGGUGGGAUUGGGAAAGAUGGGAAAAGGAAAUUGAUUGGAUGGCUCUCCAAGGUAUCAAUUUACCGCUAGCAUUUACUGGGCAAGAAGCUAUUUGGCAAAAGGUUUACCAGAAAUUCAAUAUAAGUAAAUCAGAUUUGGAUGACUUCUUUGGAGGCCCUGCAUUUCUCGCUUGGUCACGUAUGGGAAAUUUACACGGAUGGGGUGGACCAUUACCACAAAGUUGGUUUAAUGGACAAUUAACUUUGCAAAAGAAAAUUCUUUCCAGAAUGUAUGAACUUGGAAUGACUCCAGUCCUUCCAGCCUUUUCUGGCAAUGUUCCUGCAGCAUUAAAAUAUAUAUUCCCAUCUGCAAAGAUAACACGCUUGGGUAAUUGGUUUUCUGUUAAAGGCAAUCCUAAAUGGUGUUGCACUUAUCUUCUAGAUGCAACUGAUCCCUUGUUCAUUGAGAUUGGGAAAGCUUUUAUUAAGGAACAAGUAAAAGAAUAUGGAAAAACAAGCCACAUUUACAACUGUGAUACAUUUGAUGAGAAUACUCCUCCAGUGGAUGAUCCAGAGUACAUCACCUCAUUAGGUGUAGCAAUCUUUAGCGGAAUGCAGAGUGGUGAUGUCAAUGCCAUGUGGCUAAUGCAGGGGUGGCUGUUUUCAUAUGAUCCAUUCUGGAGGCCUCCACAAAUGAAGGCACUUCUGCAUUCUGUUCCUUUAGGGAAGCUGGUUGUUCUUGAUUUGUUUGCUGAAGUGAAACCCAUCUGGAUUACUUCAGAGCAGUUCUAUGGUGUUCCUUACAUCUGGUGCAUGCUACACAACUUUGCAGGGAACAUAGAGAUGUAUGGAAUUUUGGAUGCAAUAGCUUCUGGGCCUAUUGAAGCUCUAACAAGUGAAAACUCAACAAUGGUUGGCAUUGGAAUGUCAAUGGAAGGUAUAGAACAAAAUCCAAUUGUUUAUGAUCUCAUGUCUGAAAUGGCAUUUCAACAUAAAAAGGUUGAUGUCAAGGCAUGGAUUGAACUUUAUAUAGCAAGGCGAUAUGGUCAGUCAAUUCUUUCAAUAAGCGAUGCAUGGAGCAUAUUAUAUCGCACACUUUACAAUUGCACUGAUGGAGCCUAUGACAAGAAUAGGGAUGUUAUUGUUGCAUUUCCAGAUGUGAGUCCAUCCUUUAUUUCAUGGCCACGUGAGAAGUAUCACCACUAUGGGAAACCAACAUCUAGAAGAGCCGUACUAAGUGAGAAAACAGAUGCUUAUGAUCAACCUCAUCUAUGGUAUUCAACUUCUGAAGUGAUAAGGGCAUUGGAACUAUUUAUUACAAGUGGGGAUGCACUAUCAGCAAGUAACACUUACAGGUAUGACUUAGUUGACUUGACUAGACAAGCACUGGCAAAAUAUGCAAAUGAGCUAUUCUUAGAGAUCAUUGAUGCGUAUGAGUUAAAAGAUGUGAAUAAAGUCACCACUCUGAGUCAAAAGUUUUUAGAACUUGUUGAAGAUAUGGACACUCUUUUAGCAUGCCAUGAUGGGUUUCUUCUGGGACCAUGGCUAGAAAGUGCUAAACAACUUGCACAAAAUAAAGAAGAAGAAAAACAGUUUGAGUGGAAUGCAAGAACUCAAAUAACCAUGUGGUUUGACAACACAAAGGAAGAAGCGAGUCUACUUCGCGAUUAUGGGAACAAGUAUUGGAGUGGGGUUGUGGGAGAUUAUUAUGGCCCCCGAGCAGCAAUAUAUUUCAGAGUUUUGAUAGAAAGCUUGGAAAAUGGCGAGGACUUCAAGGUGAAGAAAUGGAGGGGGGAGUGGAUAAAGCUGACAAACGAUUGGCAAAAAAGUAGGAAGAUGUAUCCAGUGGAAAGUAAUGGCAAUGCUCUCACCAUAUCACGGUGGCUAUACAACAAGUAUUUGAGGUCAGAGUCGUCUUAAAACACACAUGCCCUCACACUUACUUUCAUCGUUGAAUAAAUUUGCUGCUACGGUAUCAAAUUAAGAUCAAAUGAACAAUAUUUUAAUUUCCUCAAGGAAAAGUGUGCUAGAAUUGUCUCAUCUUAUGUAUGUAAUGUAAGCAAAAAAUAUGUUGUAAAUUAUAUCACUACUACGUGUUCUCCCACAGUUUAUUCUAGCAUGAAACUCUUUCAUUUCU